AACGCUUCGCCAUGACUGGGCAAAAGAAACGAUACCGAAAGUUCCGUUUUCGCCACUACAAUGCCAAUUCCCGAAUCUUGAUUAUCACAAUCCCAACCGAUCUACAUGAGGCCCUUCACCUAGGACUUUAUAGGCGGUAUUUUACCCAGCUUGUCCGGAAUGGCACGGAGGAAAGUUGGAAAGAUAUUGGGUCAGCUACAUUUCGAGCAGAACAAGGUCAUCCUGGAGGAGAUGGCGGAGAAGGCGAUUCGACAGGCGGUCCAUGGCCGGAACGUGCAGGAGCAGGUAAUUGGCCAACACUAGUCAUUAAAUCUAGAUAUUUCGAACCAUUACCCGAGCUUCACAAGGAUAUGCGGUGGUGGUUUCAGGCAUCAAACCACGAGGUCAAGAUUGUCAUUCUGGCGAAAUUUGACGACCAGCAACACCACAUUUUGCUAGAGAAAUGGGAGGAAGAAAUCUCGAGUCCACAAGGAGCGAUCACGCGGAGUCGGGCUGCUACUAUGUCGCAGCAGAAUGGUGUUCUCAACCCAGUAAAACGGCAGUCAAUCACCAUCACCCGCGUACUAGGAUUUCGACUUCUUUUUCUUCGCAAUCCAGGCCCGCAAGAGGGAGAUUUUGUACUUGGCAUUCAGAGCCUACAGCUAUAUACAGAGAAGGUCUGGGCUGAGCUGCCGAGAUCAGACUAGCCAACCAGAAAUCAGUA